GAAAUGGUCCAUGGUGCUGGAAAGCUGAACAAGAAUUUGUGUCCCGGUAUCAUCGCCACUUCGCUGAAUUCUCAGAACCUGGAUAACGAGUCAGCCAGCCAGAACCACACGGCUGGCGAAUUCAUUGUAAGUUAA